AUGAAGGCCUCGACUGUUCUCCUCGGGAUUUUCUCGCCCCUCGUCAUCGCUGCUCCAGCUACACCCGCGGACUCCAAUCUUGUUGAAAGACUCUCCAUUCUAGCCCCGGUCUGUCAAGGAACUCCAGUAUGCUGCUCGGGUGAUGUCAUCAGCGGCGUAGUUUCUUCAAACUGCGUAGCACCUGUCACGCCUCCCAUCACCACUCUUGGGUUUCAAGCUGCCUGCCUGAUCGAUGGGAACCGUAUUGCCCGGUGCUGUACUAUCAGCCUUGUAAGUUUUAAAAUCGUGGUUCUUACUGUGCUGUGGCUAAUUUCCAAAUACAAGGCUGGUUUGGCAGUCCUUUGCAAGGCGCCCGGCACCUAA